AUGGGAAACCGUAGUAAAAAACGCGGAGCCACUCCUCCACAAAUCGUGUCUAAGAAAAACCGUCAUCAAUCCCCUCUGCCUCUACUAAAACCACCUUUGUCCACGGUCAAAGAAGAUCGAAACACAACGUACUCACCACCUCCCGUAACGACUAAUAAUGUAACCUCCGCUCCAGUACCGUUCACUACUAGACAACGUGAUGCUCCAGCCUCAUCAUCCGUCUCUGGUGAAUCCUUGUAG